AUGGACGACAUGGACAUGAUGGACAUGGAAGAACUCGAAUUGCUCGAAUCAAGCUAUCGUAUAUACGAACAAGAAGGCGAUGACCACUACUUCCACAACCCACCCGAAGAUGAACCCGAACUCCAACCCGAACAAUCACCACCGGACCUCGCUUCUCCUUCCUCACCCCAAUCAAACAGCCACAAGCGUUCUCGCUCGAAUUCAAACUCCGAUUUGGAUUUGGACUUGGAUUCUCCCGAAGUUGAAAAGAGAGAGAAAGUUAGGGUUAGAACUGAAGAUCCUCCCGCGGACGAGGAUUGGCUUCGAUACUCUCCUCCUCCUUCUCCAGUUAGAGCCGAAGAAGUGAGUUUCUCCAAGGAAAAGACAUUGUCGCGAUUUGCAUCGGAGAUUGAUGGUGAAGUUAUGCCGGUGACUGCACCUAAUGGAGAUAGGGUUUAUACUAAGCUCGAUAGGUACUAUGGUGAUGAUCGAGCUACGAAGCUGAAUAGCGGAGCAUUUUCUUCUGAUCUUGCUUUAGAACCGAUCAGUGUUCUGUUUGAAAGGUUGGAGGAAGAGACUUUCGCUAAGACCUUGGAAGCUAGUUCUGAAAGCCAAAGUAUUGUAGAUGUUCCUGAAACACUAACGCUCCAUGAAAAACUUUGGGUAGAUAAAUAUGCUCCAAAAUCGUUCACUGAUCUUCUUAGUGACGAGCAGACAAAUCGCGAGGUACUAUUAUGGUUAAAACAAUGGGAUUCUACUGUGUUUGGAUCUGAAAUUCGAAGUACAUCAGAGGAUGUUUUGUCUGCUUUGAAACGACAUUCUUCUAUUUCCCAUAAUCAGAAACCUCUAGGUUCAGGUUUUCCAAGGACAAAAGGAGGGUACACAUGGAGUAAUAAUAGGCAUACAAAUUCUAGAAGUAUGGAAGGGAGUGAUAAUUCAAAGAGUAGUCAGGAUACACACAACACUAAGACACGGAAUAUUGGCGCACCAGAGCAGAAGAUUCUUCUGCUAUGUGGACCACCAGGUCUUGGAAAAACAACACUUGCACAUGUAGCUGCUAGGCAUUGUGGAUAUCACGUGGUGGAGGUUAAUGCUAGUGAUGAUCGUUCUUCAUCAACAAUUGAAGCAAAAAUCCUUGACGUGGUUCAGAUGAACUCUGUCUUGUCUGAUUCAAAGCCAAAGUGUCUGGUGGUGGAUGAAAUUGAUGGAGCCCUUGGUGACGGAAAGGGUGCUGUGGAGGCUCUUUUAAAAAUGAUUUCUGCUGAAAGGAAGCCCGAUGCAGGGAAGCAGAGUUUGGAUAAGGAACAAACAGAAAGGAAAUCAUCAAAGAAGGGGCGGAAAAUUGCAUCCCUGUCGAGACCUGUGAUUUGCAUAUGUAAUGACUUAUACGCACCUGCCUUAAGAUCAUUACGUCAAGUGGCCAAGGUUCAUAUAUUUGUUCAACCAACAGUUAGUCGGGUGGUAAGCAGACUAAAAUAUAUAUGUAACAAGGAGGGGGUGAAAGCCAAUGCCAUUGCACUCACCGCUUUAGCAGAAUAUACAGCAUGUGAUAUACGCUCAUGCUUGAACACACUCCAGUUUGUCUCCAAGAAGAAAGAAACCCUCAAUGCGUUUGAUAUUGGUUCGCAAGUUGUUGGUCAAAAGGACAUGUCAAAAAAUGUUCUAGACAUUUGGAAAGAGUUGUUCCAAAGAAAAAGAACAAAAAAGAUGGAAAGAAAAUCUCAUGAUAGAAAGGUCUCUGAAUUUGACACCUUGUACUCCCUUAUAUCAUACCGUGGCGAUAGUGACCUGAUUCUGGACGGAAUUCAUGAAAAUAUUCUGCAGCUCAAUUAUCAUGAUCCAGUUAUGCAGAAAACUGUCAAGUGCCUCAACAGUCUUGAAGUUUAUGAUCUGUUGCAUCAAUAUAUAAUGCGCACACAACAAAUGCCUCUCCUUGUUCAUUUGCCUCCCAUAGCAAUUAUUGUACAUCGCACAGUUGCUCAAGUCCAGAAGCCAAUCAUUGAGUGGCCAAAGUCAUAUCACAGGUAUCGAACAACAAUGAUGGAAAAGAUGGACAUUUUGAAUACAUGGCACUACAAAAUAUCGCCACAUAUUGCAAGGCACUUAUCACCUACUUCUUUUGUUGAAGACUUAAUUUCUCCAUUGUUACAUAUUCUGUCCCCACCAAGCAUAAAACCGGUGGCACUACAACUACUAUCAGAUAAGGAGAAGAAUGAUCUUGCUCAAUUAGUUAGCACAAUGGUGUCAUAUGCUAUCACAUAUAAGAAAAUGAAGUCAGAUAUGCUGCCUAAUACCCUGAAGUAUGGAGUGAAAGAUGAAUUGUCUUUGUCUCUUGUUCCUCCUAUCAGUAACUUCUUGAACUUUAAGGAUUAUACUUCAAACCAUUACGUGCUUUCUUUAGCUAUGAAGCAGGUUCUGGUGCAUGAAGUUGAAAAGCAUAAGAUUUUACAAGCUAAUGCCAAAACCGUGGGUUUAGAAAAUGGAGGGCAUGGAGCUAUUGAGUCUGGAAGUAACUGUAUCCCAUUUGCCAAUACCAACAAUCAUGCAGUUGUAGUUGAUAAGAAAACCAUUGAAAGUCAAGCUAAUGUUUUUGCAAGGAAAUCAAAUGAAGCCAAGACAGUUUCACCAAACUUGAACCUCACUAACAUGGUAAAUGCAACAGAUAAAGUGAAACUGCUAGACAUGGGAAAUAAGAAAAAACCAUCAAGGACUUCCUCAAGUUUCUUCGACAGGUUUAUAAAGUCAAAUGUUAAGGGUCUCCAAAAUGAUGAUGGAUCUCUACAGAAAGAAACUACAUCAGAGAAAGACAGAAGCCCUUUACUUUUUAAGUUUAACGAGGGUUUUACAAAUGCAGUCCGAAGGCCUGUUCGAAUGCGCGAAUUUCUGUCCUAA